AUGUCAUGUUCAAAAGAAGAAAUUGAAAAAGAAUUUCAAAAAUUACGUGAAUUUAAAGAAAAAGUAAAAAAUGAAGAUAUAAUGUUAUUUAUGAGUUUUUGUUCACUUACAUUUGGUGAUAUUGAAGAAAUUAUUGAAAGAAAAACUACUGAAGAAAAAAAAAAUUUUUAUAUUGAAAAUUAUAAUGGUUAUCCAAAAAAUCCUCAAGAUAUUAUAUCAUAUAAUCGAAGAAUUAUGGAAAUGUUUAUUACAAGAUUUGUGAUGAAUAGAAAAAAAAUUUUAGCAAAACUUGAUUCUAAUCCUAGAACAUCUGAUAAUUAA